UAAUCUGAUUUACGCAAUGUACAGUUCUAUAAAUAACCGUUUGGUUAUAAUAAAUUAUUCUAGAGCAUACAACUCUUUAACUUGAUUAUCAAGAUAGCCAUAUAUUAUGCCAUAGUAUCUCAAAUGUAGCUGUUAUUAGCGAGCUAAUCACAGAUAGCGAACUAGCAGCUAUCGCUAGCUGGAAAACCAGCAGGUUGUAAUGCUUGCUUGGGUUUUUUAAAUGACUAUUUGUAAGGUCUAAGAAUAACAACGUUACUGUGGCUAUACUGUUUACUGAUGAACGCAAUUACAUUUUCGUUUCGUACUUAUUCAGUGGCGCGGUCCAUAAAAAGAUGGAAUUAAAUGCAUCUAGUUAACUAGACCAGCAUUUAAGGCAACAGGUACGGAUCAAGCAGUGGGCAUGGGGCUGGUAGGCUUCAGCCUUCUGCUGUUCACGUAUUACACCAUCUGGGUUGUAGUUCUGCCCUUUGUGGAUAGUGACCACGUGAUCCACAAAUAUUUUCUGCCGAGAGAGUACUCUGUGAUUUUACCCGGCGUGGCAGCGCUUCUCCUCAUGCUCUUCGUGGGAACGUUUAUAGGAGUGGUGACCUGGAAAAACCGCAGACCGAAGAAGUCAGAUUAGGGUGCGGAGUUCCUGGGGUGUGGGGCAGGGGCAGGGGCUGGGUUUACUGGCAGGUUAAUGUGGGUAUGAGACCAAAGCACUUUGACCAUUCCGGGAUGCUGCACCAGAACACAAACUCAGUACGGUCAGAAAAUGGAACUACAGCCGAUGUGAUUGACAGCUGCAGCGCAACAGAAAGAAACCGAUGAGCUGGCCCUGACAAUGAGCCGUCCAAUCGCACUGCAGUACUGCUGUUAGGCUAGGCAGCACGCUUGGGCCAAAUACCGAAAAAUAAAUACCAUAACUCUUUAGACGCUGAUAGAAAUUUGGCACUCUCCUGCAAGAUCCAAGAGAAUUUCCAGCAAAACGUGGUACUGCGUAAAAUGUCCGAAAUCUAUGAAAGACUAGUUUCUUCUGACUACUGGGAAAAAUAGACUUCUGCUGGAAUGUUACUGAUGUCUGAAUGGUUCUUCAGAACUUGUGUUGUAAAGUAUUUGACCUAGGUUUGGGAAGCAAAGUUACACACUUUAUAUCCCUUUAAGUCUGUGGAGUGAGCAGUGCAGCGUAAACGAGUACUGCGUCUUGACAUACAUGCAAACCUUUAGUUCAGCGUUCGUAGGAAAGAUGCAUGAAGACAAACCAAUGCACAGUACUUUAAAUACAGCAUAGUUUAACAGCCCACGCGUAGUUUAGAUCCCUUUCAAACCACUUUUAAUCUGGCUGUCAUGAAGUUAAGGGAGAUGGCUGCAUUUUCAAUGUCAGAUUGUAAAUAUUUAUUUUUGCAACAUUUUCAAUGCUAAAACACACACACACACUCUCUCACACAUUGAUCCGUUGUCUCGCAUUUGCAAAAUUGUGAAAAUGCUCUAAGAACUGGUUGUAUAAUAUCUGAAUAAAGUUUUGAGACAUACUUGAGCCAAAUAAGAAUGUUCAUGUAUUCCUUGUUCAGGCCAGCUGCACUGUUUCAAAUUCAUUGUUCAGCAUUUUGUACAAAUGGCAAUAAAAUUGUCUGCAAUAUCUGAA